GUAUUCCUACUAUUAGCCUAUUACUUACGCCUAGCCUAGUGUUAGCCUAGAGGCUAGAACCUCAGUAACCUCAACUGAGCUGCAUCAUAGUACAGAUUUUCGCGCUCCACUCGGCACUUGACAAGCGGUUAGCCUCAUUGCUUAGGGAUAUCAAGCAUGCUGGCGAGCAGCAGUGCCGCGUCAACCCUGAGAUCCCGGCUGGUUGUGGCGCCGUUUGGUGCGCCCGGCCGCUCGCCGUGCCAGCUGCGAGCCGCUUACAAGGCAUCCCUCGUUAUGGGGCGUGACUCAGGGAGCUCGCUGGGUGCUGGCCGUGUUGCGGUCCAGCGCACGCUGUGCUGACGUAGAUGGCGUGCCGAUUUGGAGCUAAUUGCGAGCGUCAGGGAGGCCAAAGCAGCGGAGAUGGACGCCAAAUCAGCCGCGCAAGAGGCCAAACAGCCGCGGAGGAGGGCAAAUCAGCCGCGCAGGAGGCCAAAUCAGCCUCGGCAGCCGCGGCGAAGGAGGCCAGAAUGACCCGGAACAUCGUCGGCAUGGUGCUGGAGGUCGCCGUGAACGACGUCUACGCGCGGCUGGGCGUCAAGGGUCCCAGCACUAUCCUGCAGAGCAUGGACGACGUGCUGCAGUUCUUGCUGCCCUGCCGCACUCUGCUCAUGGCGUCGCAAGAUGACACGUUUUUUCGCGCCGUGCGAACGGCCAGUCUGCUGGACAAGACGUACUUAUGUGGCGUCACUGUCGCGGCUGUCCUGUUGCCCUAUUCAUCGUCUAGGAGCGGGCGGCACUGCUGGAGACGACGCUGUUCGUGCGCUGCGUGGCCGCGGCGCUGCGCGGCCAUUACACGGGCGUAUUGCAGGUGGACAAGGGCGCGGGCGUGGGCUGCGAGGUGGACAAGGGUGCGAACGCACUGCGGCUGCGCGCGGGCGAGACUAAGUACAGCCCUGCAGAGAUGGAGGCCGCAAGCAAGCAGCUGCACACGCACGUUGUUCCUGGUGGCCGCCUUCACGCUGGACAAGGUGCUGGCGGCUGCGGCUGCGGCGCCGGAGCCAGCACCGGCCAAGGCUCGGCGAGCGCUCGUGCACCUGCCGCACCGCUUCAUCAUGGACGGCUUCUGCGUCUACGCGGGCGACGCGUCAGAGCAGCAGCUGCAGCGCUGGGAGGCGGCAGCGGACCGCCGCACCGAGGCGGACAAGUCUGUGAUUGGCGACAGCGGCCUGGAAAGCGCGGUGCUGCAGGUGCACUUCGAGAGUGCGCGACACAUGCAGCUAUGAGGUUGCGUGCAGGCAUAGUUUUGAGGUUGUAGAGUAGCAUAUCCAGCCACCUGUGACUGUGGCUUGCGGUCACGCAUUCUAGCCGCAGCAGGUGGGCGGAGGCGCAAUAAUGUACCAGAACUGUGUGCAAUUUCACAGCUAUCGCAAGUUAAUGCAAAAUGAUAUGCAUGAUGGUCUCACAUCCGGAAUACGCAAGGGGCCGCAUGAUUGCGCAUUGCAGGUCACAGCGGCCAUAGUCAUAGAUACCAGUGGAUGGCAGUCGACAUCUCGACACUGUGGCAUGUGCGCACAUGGUGUGCGAACAUGAUAGGAGUGAGGCAGGCACACGAGGGUGAAAACAGUUUUACGGUUGAAAGUCGGAACACGUGUUCGUCGUGUUUGCCGUGUAUUUGAGAGCAAGAGACGUCAUCGACAGACGAAUAAAUAGUGGCGCUCAAGCGCGUGCCACAUUGUGUUUACCGUAUUGUUUCCGCUACAAACACUGAGAGACUGUAUUUCAUCGUGUGUGUGAGAGUAAGAAGGGAGUGCGACGGCGUUGCCAGAUACUGCUACCAAUCGAGUGCUGACAAAGGAGGAGCUAAGGGCUGAUGAGCAUCACGUGUGAGUGCUGUGUGCGCAUUUCAGUGCUCGUAUCUUCCAUCUACACUGUAGAUAUCUGCCCAAAAUCCGCCGAAGGCGGAGAAAAAAUUUUGGGUUUGGGUGCCGUGGGUGCCGCGCAUCUACGCAGGUGUAGACGUUUUUGGCCGGUUUUGGCGCAAAAGUGAAUAAAGCGUUGACGUUCUUCGCAUCGCCUGCUGUUUGCUGAAUUAGCACAAUUACCACUCCAUUUCUUUUUCGCCAAGCUUUGCAUUGGAUUCUACAACAGGAUUGCCGUGCAGAAGGAUAGCCUAGCCCACGAUGCACUAAUUGAUGAAGUACAAGACGCGUUAGUACACCCAGAGGGAGAUGGGUGGUGUGCACGUCUUUUCCGUUUUAUCUCAGCGCAUGGCGUAGACGUAUGGCAAGGCCGUAUGCACAUGAUCAGGCCGGAAAGGGAGGAGAGCCGAGCAGGUAGCCCACUGCCUGAAGGGCAAAUAGUAUCCGCCUUUCGAGAGAGUCUAAUGAAGGCGUGGAAGCACGAGCGGCUGCAGUCUGAGCCAAACACACUUUCCCAUCGGACAACAAGCAACCAGGCGUGCAGAUGAGCAAGUACAAGCAUUGGAUGGGGCUGUGUGCGGAAGGAGCGGCACCACUGACCAUGCAAGGGCACAGUAGAGCAUUUAUACCAGUCGCGCACCACAAGGCCUUGAUGAGGUUCCGCCUAUGAGGUUCCGCCACGCACGCACGCAGCACGGACAGGGGUGUUCCUGGGGGGCUUCGCCCUCCCCCUCUGAAACGCUGCGCUGGGGGGGCUCAGCCCAAAAAUGGGCUGAGCCCCCGCAUGCUUGGGAGCUAAUAGGCGUGUAACGCCCCGUCAGAGCCUCCAUGCUGCUACGACACGCUUGACGACACGCAAGCGCAUCGGCUAGGACACUCGGAGAAGCCCCGAGGUCGCCCCCGCCCGGCCGCCCCGCGCCUAGCCCUUUGAGCGUGGGGCGCCGUAGAGGUGUUGAGUAUGGCAGGAGGCGAAAGAAAUGCUUGGGGUGUUUGGGAACGUGACAAGGCAUGUGACGGGGGUCAACGACUUAGCUUGACGACAUCUA